ACUGAAAUACCAGUAAGGUCCCUAACAAGAAGCAGUGUCACCAUGAUUGUCCUGUGGAUUAUAUUCUUUUGUCUUCAACAAGCAUAUUCUUUAGUUCCAGUGAAAACUGUUCGGCUUGGUGAACCAGCAACUUUAACAUGUGCUUUACCCAAAGAGCUGAGCAGUAGAGGAGUCAACUGGUACAAGCAGAGCGUUGGGGACACUCUUAAACUAAUAGCCACACUGUAUAAAUCUACAAGUGAUUAUGGUCCUGGAUUUUCUAGUACAAGAAUUCAGGUUCAUAAAGAUAAGAAUUUUACCAGCCUGACCAUUUUGAAGACAGUUCAAGAGGAUGAGGCACUCUAUCACUGUGCAAAUACAGAAUGGAUUGGAACUACAUGGAGUGGAACAUAUUUGUUAAUAAAAGGAGAUACUCAGGGAGUGUCAAACUAUACAGUCAGUCAGUUGUUGAUAGAAAUGAAUCCAGUCCGUCCAGGAGACACAAUGACUCUCCAGUGUUCAGUCUUCUCUCAUUCUGAGAACAAGACAUGUCCAGGAGAUCUCAAUGUCCUCUGGUUCAGAGCUGGAUCAAAUAAAUCUCAUCCAAACAUCAUCUACGCUGACAGGAACAGACGUAAUGAAUAUGAAACACGAUCUGAGACUCAGCAGAGUUGUGUUUUUCGCUUCUCCAAGAACGUCAGCUCCUCUGAUGCUGGGACUUAUUACUGUGCUGUGGCCACAUGUGGGGAGAUAUUAUUUGGAAAUGGAACUACACUGGAUAUUCAAGAAAGCAGCGUGUGGUCACAGAGAGCCAGUACACUUAUUUUCUUGCUUUGUGCUGUCUUGUUUAUAACUCUGAUUGUUAUAGCUGCCCUCAUCUACACAAUCAAGACAAACAGUGAUCACUGCAAAGCUGCUGUUCUGCAUAAAAAUUUCAGUGAUCAGAAAAGCCAGCAGAAUAAGUGCACAUGGAUCUUUUCUGCUGUUGUCUUUACCGUGAUGAAAGUUGACAGAAGUAAAUUAAAAGACGCAAAGGCAGCGAAGCAGCAGCAGAUCCACAUGGCUGUCAAGAAUUUUGGGCUGGAUUAG